AUGCACAUCCAUGUCUGUUUAUGCAGAAAUAACAGGCCUAGAAAGAACAGCCACUUCAUGAUGGACUCCAUUUCUAGACCAGUUACUGAGUUUUGCCUUGAUCUCUACAAAAAGCUCAACAGAAGUGCAGAGGACACAAAUAUUGUCUUUUCUCCAAUGAGCAUCUCCGUUGCCCUGGCCCUGCUCCAUCUUGGUGCAAAAAACAACACUGCUGCUCAGAUAGAAAAGGUGCUCCAUGUCAGGAAAGCCGCAGGAAGAUCAAGUCUUGGAUAUGAUCACGAGAGUGCAGUCCCAGAAAUGGAGCCAGAAGGAAGCCUGGAGAGUCAGCCUUCCUUCUCAGAGUGUAACAAGGAGGGAGACCUUAACCAUAAAGUGUUCCAGGAGCUGCUUUUACAACUACAAAGCCUUGGUGAAAAAUAUGUUUUAACCUUGGCCAACAAUCUCUUUAUACAACAAGGAUUUGAGCUCCAGCAGCAAUUUCUAAUGUGUAGCAAGGAACUGUAUGGAGCAAUGCUGCAAACAGUGGACUUUCAUGGUGCUGUUGAAGCUGCCAGAAGAAAAAUUAAUGCUUGGGUUGAAAGUGAGACACAAGGUAAAAUCAAGGAACUCUUUGCACCUGGUGUGAUUGAUGGACAUGCAUUGCUGGUGCUUGUGAAUGUAAUCUACUUCAAAGCAUCCUGGGAACGCAAGUUUGAGGAAGAAAAAACAGUUCAGAGAGACUUUAAACUGAAUCAGAACAGAAAGAAACCUGUGCAGAUGAUGUACCAGAAAGGCAAAUUUAAACUGGGCUACAUUGAGGAGGUGUCUGCUCAGAUCCUUGAACUCCCUUAUGCUCAGAAGUCACUGAGCAUGAUCAUCCUGCUGCCAGGACAUGGGGCUGAUGGAUCUGUCAGUGGGCUGGAGCAGAUUGAAAGCACAAUCACCUAUGAAAAUUUGAUGCUGUGGGCCUCCUCAGAGAACAUGUUUGAGACAACAGUGGAAGUUUACCUGCCCCGAUUCAAGCUGGAAGGUGCCUUUAACCUCAACCAGGUUUUACAAGAGAUGGGGAUGACCGACAUCUUCACUGAAUCCAAAGUUGACCUUUCUGCAAUGACCUUUGCAAAAUCCCUGGUGCUGUCAAACGUGGUCCACAAGGCAUAUGUGGAAGUCAAUGAGGAGGGCACUGUGGCGGCGGCUGGCACGGGAGCUUCCAUUGUCAGGAGGUCUCUGCCUCUCACUGAGGUCUUCAUGGCUAAUCACCCUUUCUUAUUCUUCAUUAGACACAAUCCUACCAGUGCUAUUGUUUUCUUUGGCAAACUCUGUUCACCUUAAAACCAGGGCCAUUUUCUAACUGUGAGGAAUACCUGCAUGAAAAGCAGGAAUUGUAUUUUUCCUCCCCAAUGCUUUCUUAAUCCUUUGACAGCUAGUUUGUACUUCAAAAUAAUCACUGCAGCCAGUUUUGUUUAGAACCUAUGAAUUGGAUGCUCUGCCACUAGGCUCCUUGAAUUGUAAAUAUUGAUCUGAAAUUAUUGAUCUAAAUCCAGAAUACAAGUAAACUG